AUGGAGAAGUCUGUUCCAGAGCAGCUGCUGGACAUGCUGGACGAUUUGGGCGAGGAAGAGCUGGAACGUUUCCACUUCUACCUGCAGAACGUACCUGUAGGUAAUUUUCCAACCAUCAAAAAGAGCCGGCUCGAGAAAGCAAGCAGAACGAGAACAGUGGAUCUCAUGAUGGAGACAUAUACUAAUGAACAUGUGAUGGAGGUGGUGAGGUCGAUUUUAAAGAAGAUAAAUAAAGGAAAUCCCUCAGCACAGGCAGAUUCAUCAUUUUCAUCAGAAGAGGCUCUUCAAAGGUGUCAGCCUAAACUCAAGUCUAAUCUGAAGAAGAAGUUCCAGUGUGUGUUUGAGGGCAUCGCUAAAGCAGGAAACCCAACCCUCCUGAAUCAGAUCUACACAGAGCUCUACAUCACAGAGGGAGGGGCUGCAGAGGUCAAUGAGGAACAUGAGGUCAGACAGAUUGAAACAGCAUCCAGGAAACCAGACAGACCAGAAACAAUAAUCAGACAAGAAGACAUCUUUAAAGCCUCACCUGGAAGAGAUGAACCAAUCAGAACGGUGCUGACAAAGGGAGUGGCUGGCAUUGGGAAAACAGUCCUAACACAGAAAUACACCCUCGACUGGGCUAAAGACAAAGCCAACCAGGACAUCCAGUUCAUGUUUCCAUUGACUUUCAGAGAGCUGAAUGUGCUGAAAGAGGAAAAGUUCAGCUUGGUGGAACUUGUUCAUCACUUCUUCACUGAAACCAAAGAAGCAGGAAUCUGCAGCUUUGAACACUUCCAGGUUGUGUUCAUCUUUGAUGGUCUGGAUGAGUGUCGACUUCCUCUGGACUUCCACAAAACUACAAUCCUGACUGACCCUAGAAAGUCCACCUCAGUGGAUGUGCUGCUGACAAACCUCAUCAGGGGGAACCUGCUUCCCUCUGCUCACCUCUGGAUAACCACACGACCUGCAGCAGCCAAUCAGAUCCCUCCUCAGUGUCUUAGCAGGGUGACAGAGAUUAGAGGGUUCACUGACCCCCAGAAGGAGGAGUACUUCAGGAAGAGAUUCAGAGAUGAGGAGCAGGCCAGCAGGAUCAUCUCCCACAUCAAGACAUCACGAAGCCUCCACAUCAUGUGCCACAUCCCAGUCUUCUGCUGGAUCACUGCUACAGUUCUGGAGGAUGAGCUGAAGACCAGAGAGGGAGGAGAGCUGCCCAAGACCCUGACUGAGAUGUACAUCCACUUCCUGGUGGUUCAGGCCAAAGUGAAGAAGGUCAAGUAUGAUGGAGGAGCUGAGACAGAUCCACACUGGAGUCCAGAGAGCAGGAAGAUGAUUGAGUCUCUGGGAAAACUGGCUUUUGAUCAGCUGCAGAAAGGAAACCUGAUCUUCUAUGAAUCAGACCUGACAGAGUGUGGCAUCGAUAUCAGAGCAGCCUCGGUGUACUCAGGAGUGUUCACACAGAUCUUUAAAGAGGAGAGAGGGCUGUACCAGGACAAGGUGUUCUGCUUCAUCCAUCUGAGUGUUCAGGAGUUUCUGGCUGCUCUUCAUGUCCAUCUGACCUUCAUCAACUCUGGACUCAAUCUGCUGGAAGAACAACAAACAACCUCCUGGUGGUUUAAAUUAUUUAACAAACGUAAACUACAAGCUCUCCAUCAGAGUGCUGUGAACAAGGCCUUACAGAGUCCAAAUGGACACCUGGACUUGUUCCUCCGCUUCCUCCUGGGUCUUUCACUGCAGACCAAUCAGAGUCUCCUACGAGGCCUGCUGACACAAACAGGAAGUAGCUCACAGACCAAACAGGAAACAGUCCAGCACAUCAAGAAGAAGCUCAGUGAGAAUCUGUCAGCAGAGAAAAGCAUCAAUCUGUUCCACUGUCUGAAUGAACUGAAUGAUGGUUCUCUAGUGGAGGAGAUCCAAUGGUACCUGAGAUCAGGAAGUCUCUCCACAGAUAAACUGUCUCCUGCUCAGUGGUCAGCUCUGGUCUUCAUCUUACUGUCAUCAGAAGAAGAUCUGGAUGUGUUUGACCUGAAGAAAUACUCUGCUUCAGAGGAGGCUCUGCUGAGGCUGCUGCCAGUGGUCAAAGCCUCCAACAAAGCUCUACUGAAUUUCUGUAACCUCUCAAAGAGAAGCUGUGAAGCUCUGUCCUCAGUUCUCGGCUCCCAGUCCUCUAGUCUGAGAGAGCUGGACCUGAGCAACAACAACCUGCAGGAUUUGGGAGAGAAGAUUCUGUCUGCUGCAGUGAAGAGUCCACAUUGUAAACUGGAAACUCUCAGAAUGAAUGGCUGUAACCUUUCAAAGAGAAGCUGUGAAGUUCUGUCCUCGGUUCUCAUUUCCCAGUCCUCUAGUCUGAGAGAGCUGGACCUGAGUAACAACAACCUGGAGGAUGCAGGAGUGACGCUUUUGUCUGCUGGGGUCAAGUUUCCAACUUGUAAACUGGAAACUCUCAGACUGAGUGGCUGUGAUCUCUCAGAGAGAAGCUGUGAAGCUCUGUCAUCAGUUCUCAGCUCUCAGUCUUCUAGUCUUAGAGAGCUGGACCUGAGUAAAAAUGAACUGAAGGACUCAGGAUCGAAGCUUCUGUCUGUUGGAGUGAAGAGUCCACACUGUGAACUGGAAAUUCUGAGACUGAGUGUAGGUACGAUCCCUGAAAGAAGCUGUGAAGCUCUGUCUUCAGUUCUCAGCUCUCGGUCCUCUAGUCUUAGAGAGUUGGACCUGAGUAUCAACAACCUGCAGGAUUCAGGCAUGAAGCUUCUGUCUGCUGGACUGCAGAGUCUAACCUGUAAACUGAAAACUCUGAGACUGAGUGUGUGUAACCUCUCAGAGAGAAGCUGUGAAGCGCUGUCCCCAGUUCUCAGCUCCCAGUCCUCUAGUCUGAGAGAGCUAGACCUGAGUAACAGCAACCUGCAGGAUUCAGGAGUGAAGCGUCUGUCUGCUGGACUGAAGAAUCCACACUGUACUCUAGAAACUCUCGGACUAAGUGUAUGUAACCUCUCAGAGAGAAGCUGUGAAGCUCUGUCCUCGCUUCUCAGCUCCCAGUCCUCUUGUCUGAGAGAGCUGGACCUGAGUACCAAUGAUCUGCAAGAUUCAGGAGUGAAGCUUCUGUCUGCUGGACUGAAGAGUCCACACUGCAAACUGAAAAAUCUGCGUCUGUCAGGCUGUCUGAUCACAGAGGAAGGCUGUACUUCUCUGGCCUCAGCUCUGAGCUCCAACCCCUCCCAUCUGAGAGAGCUGGACCUGAGCUACAAUCAUCCAGGAGACUCAGGAAUGAAGCUGCUGUCGGCCGCACUGAAGGAUCCACGCUGGAGACUGGACACUCUCAGGGCAGAGCCUGCUGGAGUGCGAUGGCUGAUCCCAGGUCUGAGGAAGUAUUCCUGUCAACUCACAAUCGACACAAACACAGUGAACACAAAACUCAAACUGUCUGACAACAACAGGAAGGUGACACAUGUGGAGAAGGUUCAGUCAUAUCCUGAUCAUCCAGACAGGUUUGAUGUUUGGCCUCAGCUGCUGUGUAGAGAUGGUCUGACUGGUCGCUGUUACUGGGAGGUCAAAUGGAGAGGAGAGGUUCGUAUAUCAGUGAAUUACAGAAGAAUCAGAAGGAAAGGAGGCAGUAACGACUGUGUGUUUGGAGGGAAUGAUCAGUCCUGGAGUCUGUACUGCACUGAUCGUGGUCCUUGUUCUGUCUGGCACAAUAACAGACAAACAUCCAUCUCCUCCUGCUCCUCGUCCUCCUCCUCCUCCUCCUCCUCCUCCUCCUCUGUCUCUAACAGAGUAGCAGUGUAUGUGGACUGUCCUGCUGGCACUCUGUCCUUCUACAGAGUCUCCUCUGACACUCCGAUCCACCUCCACACCUUCAACACCACAUUCACUGAACCUCUUUAUCCUGGAUUUUGGUUCUGGUCUCCUGGUUCCUCAGUGUGUCUGUGCUGA